UUAUAAUUAAAAAGCAAAGGGUCCAAUGUAAGGAAAAGCAAAACAAAAGUACAGAAGUGCAAAAAGCAAGAUAAUAAUACAUCUGUUGUUCCUAAAUCCCUAAAAAGUGCCGUCUCUUCCUCUGAAAAGUUCCACCAUUGUCCAUGGCUGAGCACCUCUUCUUCCUCUAGAUCGGUAACAAAUUUUAUUAUUAAACGCAACAAAUUCUUUCCCCUAUGGAGAAGAAAAAGAGAGAAAUUAUCUAUGAUAUAUUUUCUUUCCUUCCCCUCGAAAUUAUCUAUGACAUAUUUUCUCGGCUUCCCGUCAAGUCUUUAACGUGUCUCAAGUGUGUUUCCAAAUUUUAUCGUUCUCUUGUAUCGGAUCCAUCUUUUCUAGAUAUCCAUCAUACCCACUCUAUAUCUCGUCCUGAUAAGACGAAAUUCCUGGCAUGUUCCCUGGGUGGAAAUUUUUCUUACACCGUAGAUGAGAAAGUGCAACAUACAAAAGCUUCUGUUCUUCAUAUUGAGGAGUUAGAUGGCAUUAACUAUAAUCGAUUUGAUUAUGUUAACGGUUUGUUCUGCUUAUGGAGCGUAGAGCUGCAUCCGCCUGUUAUUUAUAAUCUCACCACAAGAAAAGUAAGAUUUCUUCCUAGGCUAAAUUCCGAUGGUAAUGAGUUUACCCAUUAUUACUAUUCAUUAGGUUUUGAACCAGGUGAAAAGAAGUACAAGAUUUUGAUGAUUACACAUCCUGAGAAAACACCCACGCGAUGUUGGAUUUUCACUCUAGGCUCAAGUGAAUCAUGGAGAGAGAUUGAAAGUGCACUCAGUUUGGUACUUCCGAUAUCGAUCAGUGGAGGAGUUUGUAUUAAUGGAGUUAUCUAUUUCUUCGGAAAGUACAACAAUAAAGUAUACAUAGUGGAGUUUAACGUUAGAACCGAAAAAUUCAGGAUUAUCUCUUUGUGGAAAGAUGAAAAAUAUAUUCCCCCAGUUAAGUUCUAUAACUUGAUAGAACUAGAGGGAAAAUUAGCAGCCAUUGAUCAUUCAAGACGGAGUAGGACAGAGAUGGAUUUGUGGAUUUUAGAAAGAUCUGAAAGAAGUGAAGAAUGGGUGAAGUAUAUUAUUGCCUUUCCCUAUAUGUUUUUGUCGACAUGGCUUAUGUCUUUCGUUUGUUGUAGUUAUACUCCUGAUGGAGAGAUCGUAUUGACCACAAAUUCCUCCUACACGCGAAAUUGGAUUUUCUUUUUUGAUUUGAAGAAGAAGAGUUGGAGAGGAAUUGAAAUCCCUGAUAGAGAAAAAAUUGAUAUCAUUGGUGUCUAUAGUCAUGUUGAUAGCCUCGUAUCCUGUAUUUAUUGUUAGUGUUGAAAUCUAUUUAAGCUUGAAUUUUAUGGAAAUUUGAGUUUUAUCGUGUA